AUGAAUUACCUUCUUCUAGGAGCUGGACUUUCAUUCGUCGCUCUACUGAGAGUGAUAUACCGUCGAUACACCCGUAUCUCUGUUCGCCAUGUCCCUGGACCUCCGCCUGCAUCUUUUCUUCUUGGCCAUAUGCGUGAAUUUCACCAGAGGCCCGUAGGCGAGGCAGAUUUUGAAUGGCAGGAAAGAUACGGCGACGUAGUCAGGUUUAACGCAGCAUUCGGGGAGGACCGACUCCUCGUCAUGGACCCCAAGGCCUUGCAAUACAUCUAUCAGACCUCUGGAUACAAUUUCCCAAAGCCAGGAGCAAGCAACGAGCUGACGCGGAUCGUCACAGGAAACGGAAUCCUCGUUGCUGAACUGGAUGUUCAUAAGAGACAUCGCAAGGUCCUCCUCCCUGGCUUUGGUGGUCCAGAGUCUCGAGCAUUUUGGCCGAUAUUCUACAAUUAUGCUACUCAGUUGAGCUCUAAAUGGAAGGACCUCAUAAGCGCGUCCUCGAACCAGGAAGUCGUCGUAGACAUUCCGCGCUGGACGUCUCGCGCAAUGUUGGAUGCUAUCGGUGAAGCUGCGUUCGAUUAUCAAUUCGGGGCUUUGACUGAUGCAGAAACGCCCCUCAGCAAAGCGUACUUUGGGCUUCUGUCGGAGACAUUCGGUUCAUUACCCGAUGCCGCAAUAUUCACGCAGAAUCUCUGGGCAUACCUACCUUCACAGUGUCUACGUCUCAUUUCGAAGUACACUCCUGGUAUGACUCUAAAGCACGCACAAUACACAGAGAAGAUCUCCUUGGACGUGGCUAAGAAGCUUGUGGAAACGAAGACACAGGAAUUACUUCAAGGCGAAGGCAAUCGGGACAUUAUGAGCUUGCUUGUCAAGGCCAAUAACUCAGAAAAGGACAACGCGAAACUGAAUGAGGACGAGCUCUUUGCUCAAAUGAGGACCAUCAUGUUGGCGGGACACGACACCACGGCAAACACAGUUAGUUGGACGCUCUUGGAGCUGGCCCAACACCCAGAAAUGCAGCAACGCCUCCGCCAAGAAAUUUGGGACAAGCAACUAGCCCUUGGACGUGAAUUUGAGUAUAGGGAUCUUGAGACGAUGCCAUAUUUACAAGCUGUGGUCAAGGAGUCUCUACGUUACCAUCCAGUAGCACCCAUGACCCAACGGGAGGCCGGCCGCGACGACGUCCUGCCUCUUUCGAAACCCAUCACUUUGACUACUGGCGAAGUGGUGCAUGAAUUGCCCAUUCCUAAAGGCCAGAAGCUCGCCCUUUCUAUUGCUGGGUACAAUAGGAACAAGGACGUUUUCGGAGAAGAUGCACACGUAUUCAACCCAGAUCGCUGGCUGUCCAACUCGCCCAAGAACACUGUCAACGUAGGCGUGUACUCUAACCUGCUUACGUUCGCUGGUGGUCUGCGUGCUUGCAUCGGCUUCCGUUUCGCGCUUACUGAAUUCCAGGCCUUCUUGGUUGAGCUCGUUGGGACAUAUGAAUUCUCAAUGACCAAGGAAGCCAGAAGCGUCCGGCGAGAACCAUGUGGUGUUAUGGCCCCCUUCAUUGAAGGUCAAAGCGGUAAGGAAGUCCAUCUGCCCCUGAGAAUCAGGCUUGCUCCUAAGGGUGCCGAGUAA